AUGAGCCUGACCCCGGUGCCCCGGUCUCCGCGGCUGGGUCUGGCUGCGCCCCGCGCCGGUUCCCCGACGAUCUCACCUGUGGUGGUUCUGAAUGUGGGGGGCCAGUUCUACACCACCACUGUGGGCACCCUGAGAAAACUUCCUGGCUCAAAGCUGGCAGAGAUGUUCUCCAGCUCAGCCAAGACCUGCAUGGAUUCAGAGGGCCGCUUCUUCAUCGAUCGCCCAGGCAUCUAUUUUGGACCUAUACUUGACUUCCUGCGCAGUGGGCAGCUGCCCACUCAGCACAUCCCAGAGGUGUACCGGGAAGCGCAGUUCUACGAAAUUAAACCUUUGGUCAAACUCCUGGAGGAUACUCCAAAGAUCUUCGGAGAACAGGUGGCUCGAAAGCAGUUCUUGCUGCGGGUUCCUAGUUAUAGUGAGAACCUUGAGCUCAUGGUGCGCCUUGCGCGUGCAGAGGCCAUGGCAGCACGUAGCUCCAGUGUAUUAGUGUGUGCAGUGCAUAAGGAACAGGAUGCUGUACAUUGUGUGGAUACACUGCGUACCUUGGAGGCGAAUAAGACGUCGGUUGUCAAGUUCGGGCCCUGGAAGGCGGCUCCGGACAUUAGGGAUCUCCUGGACUGUGUGAAGAUGGAUAUUGAGGCCCAGGGGUACCAGGUAGCCUAUGAGUCCUAUUCAUAUCGGGGCAAGGCAGCCAAUUACUUCUAUACAUUCCUCUUCACCUGGUGGUGA